UGAAAUGGUUGAGGUGACACUAUCAGAAGACCCAUUUGCAUCAGCUUCAAAUUAAGCUGGAAAGUUGGUAUCAGGACAAAGGCGCAUGCAAGUACGUAGAUGUUCUCCAAUGGAAUCUUUUCAGAGUCGAUUAGAUCCAACACAAAGCUUGAUCUACUUGGUUUGAGCAUCCCACAGUGACUUCUGGAUCCAUGUUAGCUCCAAGUGUCCUUUCAUGGAGGACUUGCCUCUCUCGUAUCCUCUUCUCUUCUCACUUAUUUAAACUCCAGCCCAGCAAUUCCAUUACAUGCCAUUCCGUUGGAUUGAUGCAGUACUGGCUCUUCAAUGAAGAUCUUCAACUGGAUGCAUCGCAGAUUGCUCUGCUUCAGCGACUACUCCCAUUUCUCUGAGAACAAAGAAUUGGGCGAGAGAGAAGAGGCAGCGCCCGUGACGGCGGCGGAGACGGAGGCCCUGCUGCUCCAUGACAUGUUGAACGGCAUUCUCGCCAUCGGCACGGUGGGCCGACACCACCCGCUCAUCUCACGCUGCCACUCUGCCUCCCCCGAGACAGAGGAAGCCGCCGACGACCACGGUUGCGGCCGCGAUAAGGAGGCGGCGGUGUUUAAGAUCAAGGUGUCGGUGGAGGAGGAGACGAGGAGAAUGGAAUUCGUGAAGGUGUGCGAGCUGGCGCACCGCGAAGCGGAGGAGGUCCCCGAGCUCCCACUGCUGAAGCGGGAGCGGCGGCGGACGACGCUUGCUGAUCUCCUCGCCGUCAAGGCUGCCCCGGGGAGUGCGACUGAAUAAAUCUACGCCGAUGGCUAUGUAAUUAUCUUAAUUUUUUUUUUUACUGAUUUCGCAGUGGAAUCAAUGAUUGAAUGCGAUCCAACACUCGAAUCAGUGCGUAGAUCGCAGACGAGCUGGCAGCCAUGGUCGUGCUGAUGGUGGCAUGUAGUUGGACCGGUUAGAUCGAGCCGGGUCCAUUGGUCUGCCGGCAUGUUGGGCGAGUGCAUUUGGUCGAGUGGGUGGUAGGCUCCAGCUGCUUGCUUGGGGUUGUGGCAUGCUCUUUAGACUCCAUAUGUCUCCGUGUCUUGGAUGUGAUUUGUCGAUAGGAUCGGGUCUAUUCACUCGUCGGCAAAACCUUUUUCCGGCGAGUACUU